AUGCAUAUGCACAACGCCUUGGCUAAAUCAGUUUGUGAGUUCUCUGACGCUCAACUUCGCAUCCUCAUUGACGAACGAAAAAAUAGAAAUGCGAAGUAUCAUGCUACUACAAAUAAGAAGAAGUAUCUCUUUUGGAACGAGAUUGGGGAAAAAAAUAAUCAAGAAAAUACUAAUUACUUCACUGGCGAUGAAUGUCAUAAAAAAUUCUUAAGCCUCACGAAAGCUUUUUACAUGGCAGAAAAGUAUAAAAAAGGAACUGGGAACAAAAGAAGCCUAGUUGGGAAGAGAUCUAUGAGGAGUUCUCAUCAAAAAUCACAAUCCGGACAAGCACGUAGUGGAAGCGUUAAGAGAUCCCUAAGCAGGACAAGUUCAUCAUCCCGCUCAUCAAACACUAGAACAUCGGAUAUUAUGGAUUUAUUUGAGACCUCUCCUCCACCAUUAAGACUGGUAACGCCAUCCGUUGAAACACCUAUUAACUCCAGAUCCGUAACCCCAAGUACCCCUUCUUUUUCGCAAAAUGCGAAUGUGAUCAAUGUUACCAUCAAUUAUGGUAAAGGGUCAGACGAGCAACAGGAAUAA